AAUGACUCAUCUGAAAUUAGUUCCACAACCAAUAAAAUUAUAAAAAUUCUGGGUAUUGAGUUCCAUAUUGCUUGCUUCUCAAGGGAAUAAGUUCCUGUUCACUUCCUAGUCUACCCGCGAUGAAAUCAUCUGAAAGAGAUGGGAAUGCAUCUAUUUUGAACAUUGCAGUGGACUAAACAGAGACCAAGUAAACUAAAGUGUAAAAACACAGUGCCUCAAUACGAAAGCCACAUGUAAUUUCUUAACCUUUACUCUUUGGUUGUAUAACAUUUUCCAAUGCAAUUUGGUACAUGCCAUAACGUUUACGAAGUUAAGCUGUAGUUUUCAUCUUUUAGUCACUACCCUGUUGACAUCUUUGUUUUUGCACUAAAUAAUCAUUAUCAACUUAUGUUAUCCGACAAAAGAAUCGCUACACCAAACCAAUUGUCACCUUCAAGUUAAGUCCUCAAUCUUAGUUAAUCAAAUAAUCAUUGCCUUUAUAAUAAGAAAACCACAAAUAUUAACCAAACGAAACCUAAAUUGAAAAUACAAGCACUAUGAUUUCCCCGUUAUUUUUUCCGUAGCAAAUCCUGGUACAACGACAUGAAUUCAUGUCCUGAUAAAAGACUAGUCCCCAUACACCGGUGCCUGCCACGAUUUGAUCUUAUUUCCCAAAACUGUAGAUAAAAAAUAGUGAUACAUACCCGUGACCGUGAGAAAUAAAAUCCAAGGGUUUAACGAACGGGAGAAACUUAGAUGGUUGGAGGAACGGUCCAGGUCUAAGCUUAACUCCUCCAUCACGUAACGGAAAUUUUAAAGCAUUAAUUAAAAUGGUUAAUAUAGUUACAGUUGAACCAUUUCUUUGACUUUCCGUUUACGCCAGGGAGAGUAGACCUACACCAGGGACCCACAUGUAUAUGACAUUCAUCACCGUUGGGUUAAUAUUGUAUAUAUACAAGGAAAGUCGGACGAUGUAGAUGAAGCCAACGACCCCAGUUUUUUUGAUAUAAUUCCCAAGUCCACCAUAAAAUCCUUCACAAGAUGGAGCGGUUUAACAAACGCCUCCAAGAACUUGAAGGCCCUAUCGACAUAAAAUGCUUUCUGAUCAAACUCACAUGAAUCAGAAAUCCAUACCCAUUCUUUAGCUUUAUUUUUUCUUUCCUUUUUUCUGUUAUCUCUACCUUACUUUUUAUACAGUGAAAAUCGCUUUCCCUUUUUCUUCAUAUGGGUAACUACAUUAGUACUGUCACAAGUCCCCCAUCUGACGCUGCCGGGAAAGUCAUUCUGUGGGACGGUUCGGUGCAGGAGUUUAGCUGGCCUUUGACAGCGGCAGAGCUGAUGCUGGAGCAUCCGCAACAGGUUGUUGUGGAGUUCCGUGCGGCAAUUAAUGAGAAGAGGCCGAUUCCAUUGCCAGCUGACCAGAAACUCGACAUGAAAAAGGUUUACGUAAUGCUACCCAUGAAGCGAGGGAAGCCAACCAAGUUGUCAUCCGAGGAAGCUCGUCGUGUACUAUUGAGUGCUAAUUCGGUGUUGAGAUCAAAGUCGCUUUUAUCGUCCUCCAAGUUUCUUCCUUUGUUUGCCAGGAUUUGCCCUGCAAAUUAUAUCGAAGAGAUAGGACACAAAUUCCCGUUGCAGAAGAAGGAAAACGUCUGUGAAAGGCCUGAAGAGGUUCGAUGUUUAAUGGAGUUUUUGCCGGAAAGUGUGGAAGGUAGGCCGGAAUAUUUGAACAGGCAAUAUUCAGGAAAGGGAUGGAAACCAAGCUUGGAUACGAUAAAGGAGAAGAAGGUUGAGAGAAAGAUACCACAUUGGUUGUUUUAAAGCUUAUAGCUAGCUAGCAAGGUUCUGUAAUUGUUCAAGGUUACGGUUUUCUUUUGUCAGUGCUACCCUGCCAUGUGUAAUCGCGUGGUAAUUCUCCGAGGAAUUGAUAUGUUAACUAGUUCAGGGUAUUCGUCUUCAUUUUGCAUGCUAUGUUCAGAUUGUUACAGGGAAAAACUUUGUUUGAUAAUUAUCAACUGGUUUGAGGCUUCUCUCUCCUCCACCCUUCAUACAAUUAAGGGAAUUUUCUGAAAUGGUUGUAGGAUAUUGACCGAUAAACAAAGGGAACAAAGCUGUCUGCAUUUAAAUUAUAAUUUACUAGACUUUAAUUAGUUAGUUUCAUUUUGUACUAAAAACUAUUCAAACCGAGUUUGCUGAUGCAUGUUUUUUGAGGAAUUAGCAGCUAUAAAUUUUUAAAAAUUUUUAGAAUUUUGUAAUAUAGUCGUAGAAAUUGUAAAGUUAAGCAAGCAAAUUGACUUGGUUAAUCCAUUGUUUUCGCUUUUUAAUGGCAUUGAAAGGGCCAAACUAUGAGAGCAAGAUGUGUGGGAUGUCAACUCUGCAGCAAC